UGCCAGGAACCCAUUGAAGUAUUUACAAUUUUACAAUAAACACAAAAAUAUUCAUUGAAACUAGGCAAAAUUAGUUCAAAAUGUAGAAACAAUCCCACUAACCUAAUCAUUUUGAAGAUGGUGACAAGCCGGUGUCAGAUUAAUAAGCCAUUUCUGAAAAAAAAAACACAUGAAAGUACUGUCUGAAAUACUUCCUAAAAAUUUAGUCUGUGAUUAAUGAUCUUUUUCAUGGCUUAAAAAGAAAAGAUUCUAAGACUGAGAAUAUUAAAAAAGAAAAAAAAACACUACCGCAUCCGCAGCACUUUUAGUGAAUUUCCCGCCAUUUGCCAUUGCCCAUUGCGAAAAUAUUUUAUAAUAAAUAGAAAAAUUAUAGCAAUGUCGAAUAAAGAAGAAAAUAACUCUGGUGCAAUGGUGCCAUAUACUAAUGAAAUCAAUGAUUAUCAAAUGCAAUUUGAAAUUGGCAUUGAAUCAUUACAAGCAACUGCACAAUUGGAACAAAAACUCCUCAAGUAUGCGAAAAAACGAAAAGAAAUGUAUGGUUUUAUAAGAAACACUAAUUCACUUUUGGAGACUGAGAUAAAACAUGACGAAGAAAAAAUAGAGAGUAUGCACACUUCGAUAGCAGCGAGCAAAUCGCGAAUAACCGACCUCAAGAAACAAUUGCUACUUGCUAAGGAAGCAAAAGAAAAUGCGGCUAAAAAAGCGGACGAUCAAUUAAAAAAAUAUGAAGAAAUGUGGCUCGUUUGUAAAACUCGCUUCCAAAGUAUCCCGUUCGUGAAGCGAUACUAUGAUGUAGUCAGUGAAGUUGACUCGGUAAGAGGUAACAUCGAAUCCCUCCUGGUUCAGUCUAAACAAUUGGACCGAGAUAUUAACUCAAAGAAAGUGGAAUUAUGGUGUUCCGAUAAAAAACGAAUUAUAGAACUGGCCGAAUACAUGGUCCACAAACGACCGGCUCUUUUGAAACUAAUUGAUGAGAAAACGAAGAAAAUGAAAACUAAUAAUUUCGUUUUCAAAAAUACGCUGUCUGAUGUGAAUACUGUGAAUCAGCCUAGACAAGGAAUCCGAGACACGUUCGUGCUGCCGAAAUUGCAACUACUGAAUAUGCCUUCUACGGUCUCCAAUCAUUAUGAUAAGUUGCAGGAAGGUUACAGAUCGGCUGAAUCUUAUUCUUACUCGACAAAUAAUUCACAUACGUCGAAAAGUUCCGAUAAAAACAAUGAAAAUGUAUACGUUUCAUCAUUUUUCUUGACGUCAUCAAAGACGGCGAAACAGAAGAAGUACUCCGACAGGAAAUUAAUUACAAUUUUAGAUAAUGUUAAGUUAGACACAAAUGGAACCUAUAAAAUUCUCUCUAAAUUGAAUCCGUACGAACUUCACGAUGUCAAUGUUAUUGAUGCUGCAGUAUCUGAAGUGAAGGAGACUCAACACAAGGACAAGGUUACAGAACAAACUGAAGUGAUCGAAGAAAUAGAUUUGACAAAGGAAGUAUCCAAAGAAGUUAUUCUACCAGUAACCCAGAUUGAAGAAUUAACGCAGGUAAACGAAGAACGCGAUGAAGUUAUGGAGAAUAUUGAUCUGACAAAUAAUGUAUCGCAGGACAUUAUACCACCGCCGACACAGUUCUUAACACUUUCGCAAUCACAGAAUUUUCCAGAAAAAAGAGUUACAUUUAAUAUGAAUACACAUGACGAUUUACCUAACACCGUAGCGGAUGACGCCAAGUAUCAAGAAAAUUAUAAUGUAGCAAAUAAUACUUCUAAUAACCAACUAAACAGUAGCACGGCUAGCCAAGAUAGUUAUAAUAAAAUUAAAGAUUUCGUAUUCAAGAAACACAAUCUAAAUCUAUCACCAGAGUUUACUUACAAAAAAAAUACGGUGGUUUCUAAGGUGUCAGAUAAAAUUAUAACUUCAGAAUAUUUUGAUAAAAAUAAAAAAUGUGAUGGAAGUAAUAUUAAUAUUGAGCCAGAAAAAAUUGAUGUAGAAGUACUCCAGACACAAGAUGGAAACGUUAAGGAAUCUGAGAAUAAGACUGUUGAAGAAAAUCAACUCAAUAAAUCUGAUAUCUCAGAGGGACAAAUGUGUCCACAAAAAGAUGAUGCACCAUCAGCUCUACUAGCAUUUCGAAACUUCAUUCAGGACUUACCUUAUAUUUCUUUGGACACAACAGGAUCUGACGAUGCGGAUGUGGAGUUCCCACAAUGUGAUCCAACCCUUCUUUUAUCACCGAAAGCUGAUUAUGAAACACAAACCAUAAAUAAGGAAGUGGAUGUGCAACAGGAAAAUGUUCCUAGUUUUAUGGCAGGAUAUAAAAAAGCCCGUACAUUUUUUGGAAGCACAUCUGGAAAUCAACCUGAAUCUGAUGAACAAAACCAGAGUACCAAUUUUAAUUUCAUGUUCGGUGGACAAGAAAAGACCAAGAGAGGUGGCUUAUUUAGCAUGUUCCGCUAAAAUACUUGCUUAAAGAAGAAAU